AUGGAUAUAAUUAAAGUGGGCGGGGUAAAGUGUGAGGAAAAUGAAAACAAGGGGGCAAAGUACAUCUAUCUAUCUAUCUAUCUAUCUCUAUCUAUCUCGUUCCGUUCAUAUCUAUCUAUCUAUCUAUCGGAUAAAAAUGUAGUUCUUCAGUCGGUUCAUAUCUAUCUAUCUAUCUAUCCAUCUUCGCCUCCUGUUCAUAUCUAUCGCAACCUGUUCAUUAUCUAUCUAUCUAUCUAUCUAUCUAUCUAUCUAUCUAUCUAUCUAUCUAUCUUAGUCUGUUCAUAUCUAUCGCAACCUCCUGUUCAUAUCUAUCGCAACCUGUUCAUUAUCUAUCUAUCUAUCUAUCUAUCUAUCUAUCUAUCUAUCUAUCUAUCUAUCUAUCUUAGUCUGUUCAUAUCUAUCGCAACCUGUUCAUUAUCUAUCUAUCUAUCUAUCUAUCUAUCUUAUCUAUCUAUCUAUCUAUCUAUCUAUCUAUCUAUCUUAGCCUGUUCAUAUCUAUCGCAACCUGUUCAUUAUCAUCUAUCUAUCAUCUAUCUCUAUCUAUCUAUCUAUCUAUCUAUCUAUCUUAUCAUAUCUAUCGCAACCUGUUCAUUAUCUAUCUAUCCUGUUCAUAUCUAUCGCAACCUGUUCAUUAUCUAUCUAUCUAUCUAUCUAUCUAUCUAUCUAUCUAUCUAUCUUAGUCUGUUCAUAUCUAUCGAAACCUGUUCAUUAUCUAUCUAUCUAUAUUCGUCUGUUAGUAUCUAUUUGUAUAUUAAGAAAUAUUGCGCAUGUAAAAUAGGGCAAGUCAACCUCUAA